AUGGGGGGGCCCGGCGCCCCUGCUGCUCGUGCAGCAGCAGGAGCAGCAGGAGCAGCAGGAGGAACAGCAGCAGCAGCAUCAGCAGCAGGGGGUGCUGGCGGCUUCUCCGCUGAUGAUCUUGAGAGAGCGAGGGCUUCUUUUCGUGUUUUGUUAGAAACUGCUUCGUGCCUCCUCCCUGCAGCAGACGGCAAAGCAGCAGCAGCAGCAGCAGCAGCAGCAAAUGGAGCAACAGCAGCAGCAGGAGCAGCAGGAGGGCUGCAGACAUCUGUGCUGCUGCUGCUGACCCGCCUAUGCGAAGAAAGUUGGUCUCCUGAGUUACUAGCAGAGAUGAUCGUAGCAGCAGAAAGACACAGAAGGGACUUCAUCUAUCGGGCGCAGCAGCAGCAACUGCAACAAUAA